UUGAUUGAUUCUCCAAAAAAAAGCAAAGACAUCGCACCGUCACCUUCUCAGAUCUCUCUCUAUCAAUGGAUUAUAUGACGAUGAUAAAAGACUAUGAACCACAGGAAGAAGAAGAAAUCUCCGAUAAGUUUCUCUGCUGCGUCUGCUUGGAACUUCUUUACAAACCAAUUGUGCUGUCGUGUGGUCAUCUAUCGUGUUUCUGGUGCGUACAUUGGUCCAUGAGUGGCUUGCGCGUGUCUCAUUGUCCCAUCUGUAGAGACCCUUAUCUUCACUUCCCCACUAUCUGCCUAAAGCUUCAUUUCCUCCUCAAGAAGUUAUACCCGAUUACCCAUAACAAGAGAGAAGCACAACUUCUUAAGGAUGAACAAGCACGAGCUUGUUUCUCACCUCAGAUUGAUGAACCAAAGGCUAAGCUUCAGUCUCUAAGUGUCUCUGAUGAGUGCUCUAAUACAGAACCCCUAGAAGAUGCAAAAACUGUUAACGUUCAUGAGAACGGCUUACCUAAGAAUGGCAUUUCAAAAGAUGAUUUGCUCUGUUCAGCAUGUAAGGAGCUGCUCGUUCGACCUGUGGUUCUCAACUGCGGACAUGUGUAUUGCGAAGGUUGUGUAGUAGAUAUGAUGGAUCGAGAAAGCGAAAAGAUCAAAUGCAAAGAGUGUCAUGUUUGUGACCCGAGAAGAUUUCCCAAAGUUUGUUUGGCUCUUGAGCAGUUUUUGGAGGAAUACUUUCCUGAAGAAUACAGUUCAAGGAGAAGUGGGAUUCAGAAAACGCUUGCCCUUGAUAGCAAAGGAAAUUUUCAAAAGUAUUACAAAGAAGGCACAUCCUCAUCAGACGAAAACAACAACAACAACAGUCUUCCGAGGUGGGCAAACCCUGCCUGUGAUGUUCACAUCGGAGUUGGUUGUGAUUCUUGCGGAGUGUAUCCAAUAGAAGGGGAGCGAUACAGGUGCAUAGACUGCAAGGAGAAAAUGGGGUAUGACCUUUGCAAAGACUGUUACGAGACUCCUUCUAAAGUUCCCGGGAGAUUCAACCAGCAACACACUCCCGACCACAGGUUUGAGCGUGCAUCGGUUCGUCAGCUUCUGCUCAAUCUCAAUUCUAUUGGUAUCCUCGUCGGCGGACCGAUGGUCCAUGAAGGCCGUGAUGAGAGCGAGGAAGGGCCUCCUGAUUCUGAUGUGACAACAUCAUCAAGCCCAGAAUGAAAUAGCAGUCUAGAGAGAGGGACAUGGUGUGUACUUGUUGAAGGUGGUUUGUGAUCGUAUAGUUUUAAAAAGAAAAAUUGUAGUUUUUCAAACUAAGUUCAUUUGUUACUCUAUGAACGUAAAACGCAAACAAGAAAUACAAAACUUUAUGUUUUCAUUUGGUUGCUCA